AUCAGUUUUUUACCUACUAAGAGUAAACAAAUGGAUGCUGCAGCGCUUUGCGGUAAAAACAUGAAAAAUGUGACCAAACAGCGGGGAUUACAGCGACGAAAAUGCCCGGACAGAAGAAAAAAUACAGCGUACGAUUCCCUCCUGUGAGUACAACUCUCGGCGUGUUAAUUGGAAGCUGUUUAAAGUCAAACAAAACGAGCUAACAGCUAGCUCACACAGCGUGGAGCAAGGAGCACAGGCUGUAUUUAAGGACUUUCGGAAAUCUUGGUAGCAGGGUCGCAUCAAAAAAAUCAUGCAGAAGGACACAGAAGUUGGGAGGAUAGCUAUGGCAGUUCCUGUCAUCAUUUCUCGGGCUUUGGAGAUGUUCCUGAAGUCUUUGCUCACCAAGACCUGUCUGAUAACUCAGGCGAAGUUCAGCAACAUCUUGUCUGUGGCUCACAUGAAGCAGUGCAUCGAGUCAGAAAAAAUAUUUCAUUUUCUCAAAGACUUGGCAGAAGGAGCCACAUCUACAGCAACCCAGAAGGACAACAGAGGCAUGAGUAUGUGGCCUAUAUACAGGACCAAAAAUAACAACAUUUCUGCUCAAACACCAUCUGGAGCAGGAGAGAUUGCGCUCCGAAGGAACCUCAGCCCACUUGAAAAUGGCUCAAGCUCAAGUGAGUCGGAGCUCUACAUCUGCCUAUAACAAGGACUUCCUGCAGCAUAUCAUUUCUGUUGUCAUGUCUUUAGGCUUUGCUGCAAUUCUGAUCAGCAGAAAACACAGUUCAUUAUUGGGACACAAUGGCUUGUAUGAAUCUGAUUGUUUUUGGAGAGAAAAAAAAAAGAAAUUAAAUUUAUAUUGCAUGUUGAAUCUGUACUAAAAUGUGAAGCUUUGGUUUAAAAAAGUCCCUGGAAGACUUACUUUUGCUGCAGGGGUUUUACCAUUUUUCUUGUAGAUGGCUUAAAAUGAUUUGAAUACUUUAUGAAAGUUUGUACUGUAAACAAUUAUGUUUCUGUUGAGUUGUUUUUUAAAUUUUAGUUCAUAAUCUUCAGAUCUGAUAUUAGUGUUAACCCCUGUAGCUUAUCCAAAGCCCCAAAAGCUAGAUUUGUCCUUUUGUUUCGCCAUCUUCGUUAAUAAUGGCUGAUUAUGCAACAUGCAGCGAGCCUUAAAACCAGCUGAGUGCUUAGUAUAUUUAACAGCAACCUUUGUGGUUUCUAUUUUUAAAGCACAUGAAUAUUUUCAAAUGAAAUGGUGUGUAAAUAAAUCAAUGGGAAAGGUAAAUAAAAUUAAGCCAAAGUUUA